AAUUCCAUUCAUCAGUUUCAGUUUGAACGUAGAGCAGAGCAGUCGCGACUGUUCUGAACCCUAAGUACAAGCAAAGGGAUUCGUCACGUCUGAGGCCAGCAAGUGUGUCUGUGGCCAAGAUUUUUCCGUUACAAAUCUAGGUUAGGAUUUGCGACAAGAGGGGUGCGACAAGUGAAGUGAAGUAAAUCAUAAUUUCGUCGUCGUCGCCGUUGACUUGACCAUCCAAGUGGGGGUGGUGAUGACCGUGAGAGUGCUACCGACUGCUCGCUGUUGGAUUUAAUUAGAAUUUCUGGUGUAAUUGAGCCAAAACGGCGAAAGUGUCGCGAGAGCGUCGACCAUGAACCGCAGUGUUGACAGCGUCUGACGAAAUCGAAACCUCGCGAUCCUUGGCAGUCUUUGUCCACCAGCGUGGAACACGCACAAAGAAGAUGGGCAGGAUGAAGACUACUCUACUCAGUGGCCUAUCGCUACUGUUGCUGAUAGGAGUAGCCCUUUGUACUCCCGGGAUAACCGCCUCACCAGGAGCAGUGACUCAUCGUGUAGACUUCGACGAGCGAGCACCAGAUGUUGCUGGGCCAGCUGCUGCUGCUGCUGGCAAUGACCGGAUUCCGAUAGCGCCGAAAGUGGAGCACACGCGACUCGGCAAUGGCACUGGUGCCACCCUAACCUACAGCCUGGACGACGACCGGACCGUCGUGGUCGAGCUGCGAGAACGGUUACCGCACAGGACCUUCUUGGAGCGGCAAGGCCAACGGCGCAACGAGCCACCGAUUGUGGAGUAUUUUGACGAACGGUGCUACUACCAGGGUUGGAUCGUGGGCAGGCCCGGCAGUGCCGUGGCGCUGUCGACUUGCGAAGGGCGCGUCCGCGGGACGGUGCUGGACCUUGACGGGACAUACUACAUCGAUUUCGAUGAGGCCAGCGGGGGUCAUUACGUUCAGAGGUUGAAUGACCCUGAGGGUGCUGGCAGAGCUAAAAGGAGUAUGACACCCAAAAUGAUAACCGGACCGUUUAACGCGAACCGACAUUCGAAGUACGUCGAACUAGUUCUUGUUGUGGACAAUUCACUGUACCGGAAGUUCAACUCGGACGUCUGGGAAGUGCAUCGCUACUGCACCGACAUCGUGAACCACGUAAACAUGUUGUUCAACCAGCUUAACAUUUUCGUCGCCCUUACCGGCAUCGACGUGUGGGAUCGUUACGACAAGAUCCAGGUCAGUCAACGGGCAGACGACACGUUAAACAACUUCUUGCAGUACCGCCGGAAGGAGUUGCUCCGUAACCAUCGGAAUGAUCACGCGCAACUACUGACGGCGGUUGAGUUCCAAGACCACGUGAUCGGGAAAGCCAAACUGGGUGGGAUGUGCACCAGCAACAGUUCCGGAGCGGUCAUAGUGGUCCAUACGAACAACAUCGGAAUUCAAGCGGGGACGCUGGCCCACGAGAUGGGCCAUAGCUUCAACAUGGAGCACGAUGUGGACGGAGAGUGCCGGUGUCCGGAUCAGAAGUGUAUCAUGACGGCGACGGUAACCGGACGGUCACUGAAGCACUGGAGUUCGUGCAGCGUAGAACAGCUGUCGCUGGCGUUCAGUCGGGGGUUGAACCACUGCCUGAAGGAUCGUCCGGAUGUGGUGUAUUCGGCGAGUUGUGGCAACGGAUUCGUUGAAGAGGGGGAAGAGUGUGACUGUGGAUUGGAAGAAUCCUGUGAUAAUCCGUGUUGUGAUGCAAAGCUCUGUCGGUUGAAAAGCGGAGCGGUUUGUGCAACUGGAGAGUGUUGUGAAUUGACGAGUUGUCAGCUGAAGCAGGCAGCGACCGUUUGUAGGGCGGCACAUUCGGAGUGCGAUCUGCCAGAGUACUGUACGGGAAGUUCGGAGCACUGUCCAAGGGAUGUGUUCCGGAGGGAUACGGAGAGUUGCGCGGAUGGUAAAGCGUACUGUAGUAAUGGAGAGUGUAGAACGCGGGACGAUCAGUGCCGGCUGCUGUGGGGACCUUCAGGGAAGUCUUCGGAUGAUGCGUGCUACGAGGUGAACGUCAAUGGGACAAAGUAUGCAAACUGUGGGUACGACCGCGAUACUCACAGCUUCCGGAAGUGUGCGGAGCGUGACGUUAUGUGUGGAUUGUUGUUCUGCCAUCAGCUGAAUGACAACCGGCUUGAGUUUGGGCUGCGGGUGUUCACCGAGGAACGAAUUGGAAGAGCUCGAAAAGGUCGGGAGAUGGUGGAGUGUCAUGCAGCGUUCAUUGAUCUAGGUGACGCUAAACAACCAUCGUUGGUUCCGGAUGGAACAGCUUGUGGGGAGAACCGGAUGUGCUACCAACAACAUUGUUGGGACGUGGACAGCCUAAACGAGCGUGGAGUUGGAACUCCCUGCGAAAAGGACUGCAGUGGUCAUGGAGUGUGCAAUAGUGAAGGUCACUGCCAUUGUGACAUAGGGUACGCUCCCCCCUUCUGCGAGCACUCCGGAUCCGGAGGAUCCCUGGACAGCGGUCCAGCUUCCAGAGGUUCCUACCUCGCACUUCUUAUCACCCUCGUCAUCGUCGGAGUCGUGGUAACCACUCUCUUCUUCGCCUACAUCAUAAUCCGUUUCUGCAACCCGGAUCGCUGCCGAACCCCUCUCAAAAUCUCCGGCUACCGGUCCCCAAGCAGCCGCGGCAGCCGCCACAAACUGGUCGCCACCGUAUCAUCCAACUCGGCCGUAGUCCGGGACAUUUCCGCACCCAAGCUGUGCUCAUCCACGAGGGAUAUCGAAGGCCCUCAAUUUACCCCAAUUGCAAGACUGAAAAAUACGCACAAUGUGGCGUCUUCACCACCGGCGGUUGUCAACAGCGUUGUGUCGGUGCGUUCCGUUGGUCAACCUUCGGUUGGCUACAAAACGUACGUGGCACCUCCGGUGCCCAGUAGUCCACGGCGCCUUCCCAAGCCUCCCUAUCCGAGCUCAGGAAGAUACUCGUGAGCGGUUGCUUUUACCCAAACAUACCUCGUAACUAUCUCGACUAACUAAUCUUAUCGUGUAACAUUUUAGGUGUAGUUUUGUAGCUUUUUUGAUACCAAUCGUAUUUUUAGCUGUUUGUGCUGUAUGUGAAUCUGAAUGUGUACGAAAACGAAAAGGAUAUAAAAUGGGAAGGAUGUGCGCGCGAAGCGAGCGGAUAAUAAAGUCUAGUCACACGUGGUCGUGCAUAGCGACGCACGUUAUGCGGCUCUAGUACG